CAAGAUAGGUCGUUGUGUAACGUCGCCGAGAUACUGCGAGAUCGCUGAGGUAAAUAAACUGGAGUGAUAAAACAUGGCGGUUAACGUCCAAACUAUAGUCAUUUUGGUGUUACAAGUUUCUGUGUUAUUCCUAAGUAACUCGAUAGCAACAUCAAAAAAGAUAAAUUACCAGAUUGUCAAUUCCAAUGAACUCAAGCUUACCUCAGAGAACUAUCAAGUUGUCAAAGUGCUUUCACAUUCCAGGAUCCGACGCCAAAACUCACCUGCAGACAGCAGCGGUCCUGAUAAACCAGUAUCGUCACCUGAUGAGACCAGUCAGGCCAUAGUAACAGGUGCGUUCACCGCAGCCAGCGGUGCAACUGCAGCUCCAAAAGAUGCCACAACAGCCGUGCCGCCACGUGUUUCAGAUAGUAACAGCACAGCUAAUGCCAGUAGUACAGCUGCACCUGUUUCCAGUACAACCAAAACCAGCACAUCCACCUCAACAGAGCCAACAGCAGCUCCAGUGGAUCCUUUUGCAGAAGCAGAUCAUAUACAUGAUCAACAUAUUUAUUAUACUUCUGAAGUAUUCAAAAAUAAAGUGAACGAUUACUGGCAGGAGCUUAGUGCUGUCCCCCGUCAUGAAACACUGUCCUCUGGGCAUAGAGUCGCCGCGGUGAUCCCUUUGAAGUUCAAGUUUCACUUUUAUGGCCAUGAUGUGACUAAUGUAACAGUGGCUACAGGAGGUUUUAUCUACAUGAGUCCAUUCUUGCACCAGUGGCUCACAGCUACCCAGUAUAUAGCUCCACUCAUGGCCAACUUUGAUCCAUCACUUAGUAAAGAAUCUGGUAUUUACUAUAAGAAUGAAGAUGACAAGUUUACUGUAGAAUGGAAGAAUGUUAUGCUAAAGGACCAAAACUCUAGUGGUGUGUUCACUUUUCAAGCCAUUUUACACAAGGAUGACAACAUUCAUUUUGUCUAUAAAACAGUGCCAGUAGCAGUACGAAGUAUCUCUACAGAAGAGCAUCCUGUUAAAAUUGGUUUAUCUGAUGCUUACUACAAUGACACAUACCUUCCAGAAUACAAGAUCAAGAGGAGAACCAUCUACGAGUACCAUAAGGUUGUUGUUAAGAUGGAUGCCAUUGCUAAUGGGACAGUGGUUGUUUUGAAACCUCUACCAACUUGCAAUAGACUUACAGACUGUGGCACAUGUGUCAAGCAUGAAAACGUCAAGUUUGACUGCAAAUGGUGUAACACAAUAGGACGCUGUUCAGAUGGUCUGGACUGGUAUCGCCAACACUGGGACAAAGAAGGCUGCCAGCAAUCUAGUGGAUCUUCAGUUGAUGAUUGUGAGCCUGUUACAACCACAACUGUAACUAAUUGGUCUGUUUCUACCACCGCUGUGAAGUUAGCUAAUUCAUCCUCCCGUCUGAGUUUACCAGUAACAACAUUGUCUUCUUUCUCGGAUGAGACCAGUACUGAUAAUGUCACCAACAGCUCUAGUCAAGCUAAAUUGUUGGCUGGUUGCGGUCACGUUAAAGAUGCUGCCGGUUGUCAGUUCCUCCCUCCGCCAGUCAAACAUUUAAGGGACCCAUUAAAAAUGGUCGUCCCUCUUAGAGAGUCCUGUGAGAAUGGUAAAUGUAACCAGAAGAGUGAUUUCCCUGUGGCUGUCAUAGUGGUUAUCGUUUUUAUCAUUUGUGGUCUACUUGGAGCUGUGGGGGGAUGGGUCUACUAUGCCUACACCCAUCCCACCAGCAAGUCUGGCAUGUGGCUCAUGGAGCAUCGUCCAAGUCAAAUCAAAGCCAAUAUAAAAUUUUGGAAGAGCAGCACUGAUGCUGGCACUAAGUAUAAGGUAGAAAGUGAAGCUUAAGAGGAAAUACAAACAUUUGCUAUUUAUAGCUGAAGCACUGCUGUGUGCUGCUGGCCUGAAUCUUUUUGUACACUUGAGGAAACACUUUUGUCUAGUAAUUGAGUGGCCUUUUAACAAAAUAGUAAUAGAAAAACAAAAGUCAUGACUGGAGUCUUUGGAAGCAAAACAUGCCAUCCCCAUUUGUUAAAAUAUUUGUUUAAAAAUGUUUUGUUUGUACUCUGAAAGUAAAAAUGACAUGUAUUUAAUGCUAGUAUGUCAUCAGCAUACAGCAGUGCUGCUGUGACAUUCUCUUCUGACCUGUUAUUGAUGUUAGCUUAAGAGAAUGAUAAAAAGUGUCAUAGCCAAAUCAUGUGAUAUGUCUUUUAAGUGUGUUGAAUUGUUCUCUUCUUAUCUAACACAAUGCUUUUUUUUUUCUAUCAAAUUUUUUUUGUUUCCAGUCAUUGCCAGAUGUUUCUUGAUUUAUAUAUAUAUAUAAAAAUAUAAAUAUAAUUUAUUUUUUAAAAAUUAUGUUUUUAUGUGACUUGCUGUUUUGUCCUAUGUUUUUUUCUUUGUUUUUUUUUUGUUUUUUUUUUUGUGUUUUUACUUUAAAACAAAUUGUAAAACAUUGUUUAAUUUUUUUUUUAGUUUUCUGUUUGAUGAAUUCUUUUGGAUUUUACAGUAUCAAAUAAUUGGUUGCCAUUUUCUAGAUAUUUGGCAACUUCAACAUUUUGUAAAUUAAAUUAAUUUUUUUUUAAAGGGAAUGACCUUUUUUUUUAAAAAACAAAGUAAAGUUUAUUUUUUGUUUUGUUUUUUUUGUUUUAGUUUUUUUUUUAUUUCCUAAUAAUUAUUUUUUUUUUUUUAAAAAAGAUAAAAAAGAUCACAAAAAAUAAUUGAAGCAUUGGUUCUCUAUUUAGAGAAAAUAUAAAUUCCUUUCAUAAUAGCUAAUUAUAGUUAAGACUAUUUUUGAAAUGGUAGUUUUUUUUAUCUAUAUAUUUAUAAUAUGAAUGUGUUAAAUCAAGUGUUUAACAAAUUUUUUUAUAUUGUUUUGAUUACAUUUUGUUAGUUUUAUUUCAAAAUUCUUACAAUUUUAAGCCUGGAGAAUUAGUUUUGAUCUGAUAUGAAUGACAGCUUAUGGGACACUAAAGCCUAUAUUAUAUUGAUGUUUGUAUUCCAUUUCUAUGUUGUUGUUUUUUAAACAAGCAUAAGCAUGUAUUUUCAAGUACUGACAAUGGCUAGCAUGAAAUGUAUUUCCCUGUCGCUGUCUUUCACAUCAUUACUUUGUUAAGAAAUAUUUCUAUCUUGCAUAUCAUCAAAGGGAGGGAUGUUUCAUUCGGUGAAAUGGGUAGGAUCUUAGUUAAUAUUUUCCAAAAAUCUUUUGAAUAAGUUCUGUUUAGUCAUUAUUGUUUCUAGGACACUUAGGACUAUGUUCUGUUGAGAUCAUCUAUCUAGAGAUAGCUCCUUUUUUUGUUUAGUGCUCUUCCUUGACAACUUUUGUUGUCAAAUGCAUUUAGAUAGUAUGUUUUCUAAUGUGUUUUCAAGUUUUUGUAUAUUAAGGAUAAUACUCUUUAAGAAUCGAACCCCCAUUUCCCCUUGACUGGUUGUCCCCACAGAAUCUCAUUGGUAUUAAUUUUGUGAAGUAUCUUUCACUAUUUAAAUAUAUUUUUGAUAUAUUUUGAACUAUUUUGUCCCCAUGCUACAUGAACUACAAUGAAUCAUGUUUGGAAGUGAUCUUUUUUUUUUUUUUUAACUGUCUUUUUGAAAGAUCUGCAACAUUAGCAUGAAACAAAUUAUUGAUUGAUUUAACCUCUUUAUUGUUAACAUUUGUGGUCACAUUAUACUUCCAGUUCUAAACUUUCAACAUUGAAGAUUCACUGAACCCAAACUGGUGUCACAGAGCCUGCGUUUGUAUGUCACUUUUUUGUUGAGUUACUCAGAGUAGUCAAAGUACAAACCUUUUGUUUUCUUAAGUUUGAAAGAUAUGUUUCCUGAUAGAUACUUUAUUUAAAACUCAUAUCUUUUUUGUUGAAUUACUCAAAGUAGUCAAAGUACAAACCUUUUGUUUUCUUAAGUUUGAAAGAUAUGUUUCCUGAUAGAUACUUUAUUUAAAACUCAUAUCUUGCCAAGCAGAUGAACCUGCAGUAUGAGCUGCUGAUGGUGAAAACUAUUUUUUUGUUUUUAUAAUAAGUUUGUGUUAUUGAUGAUGGGUAGAGAUAAUUUUGUUCAUAAAAUAAUUUCAUGGCAUUUUCUUUUUAAUACCGGUAAUUAAAUUUUUUUUUUAAAAAGUUUAACUUGGACUUACAGAACUAAUGAUUCUAUUUAUUUACAAUAGAUUUCUUAUCUUCAAUGAUGAAAUGAUCACUAAUAGUCGUGACAGCAUCAACAAAAAAAAAGUAGGGGACAAUGCAGUAAUUCUAAAUUUUGUUGGAUCUUUGAUUUUAGUUUUGGUGCAUGUUCUUUAACCUUUGUAGCUAGAAGUUCAUCCAAUUCUAAACUCUCAACUUCAAAUAUCAUUGAAUGCUAACACAAUGGCUGCUAUCAUAGUGUAAUGCUUAAUAGUUCAUUAAUAAAAAGCAACAAAUAAUGUUUUGUCCUAGUUUUAAAGUUUCCUGAUUUAACUUGUUUUUUUAACCUCACUUCUAAACAGCCAAUUGAAAUUUAUUUUUACCAUUUGAUUUUUUUUUUUUUUAAUAUUAUUUAGCAAUGAAUGUAGACAUUUUCGUUUAUCAAAAAUUCAAAGGCUUAUCUACGAAAAAAUAUUUUUGAAAAAUGUUCUUAGUUGAAAUUAUAUAAAAAACAUGUUUACAUUUGCUCAUUAUAAAUUGUUGAUUUUUAUUUUAGUGUAAUUAUCACUGAAUAUAUACACAGUACAAAACUAGUAAUGAAAAAUUAUUAUUUUUUUAUCAGAAGCCAUCUUUUACAUUCGAAUUUGUAGUUUAAAUAUUGCAUUGCAUUGUAUUGUUAAAAAAUGUGUACAUAGCGGAACUUUGCAGGUGAAUACAUUGGGCUUAAGGGAAAAUGCUGCAGUUUUAUCUGCUUUCGCAAUGUCUAUACAUUCCAAACCAAUCACAACUGUUUGUAUAUGUUUGUUGUAUAUUUAUAUAAGAACAAUGUACAUUAAAAUCAAAAAGCUAUUUUUUUCUUCUGGGUAUAUAUUAAUACUAUAUAUAUAUAUUUAUACUAUUUGAUCAUGCUUUCCUUCUAAACUCUUAUUAAAAUGAAAUCAUUCGAUGAACAUUUGCUAUUAGAAGAUAUUUAAUGAGUAUUCCUGCCACUUAAAGUAUGGAGUCCAGUAUACAUUUAUGAAAAUGACAUAAAAUGAACUUGAAUUAUUCUGGUGUUUUCUGUAUUGUUAGUUUUGCUCAAAAUGACCAGCAUAUAUGCCAGUUAGGAUGAUUUUCUGCCUUCAUCAAGCAUGUGAAUUCGGUGUGUACAUUUGUAUUUAUUAACUUGUCAGAAAAAGAUUUUGAUACGCCUGACUGAACUCACACACUGUAUUACAAUUAGAUGACUAACACAAACCAUGUACUUAAGUCUGGAUUAUGAAUAGAACAGAGCAAUUCCUGUGCUGUUUGUUAGUACAGGAAUGCUGUGUGUAAUUGUAUUGUUAUGUCUUUAUGAGCUAAUUAUGUUUCUAGCCAACAAUGAAGCUACAAAUUGUGUCCCUUUGAUGAGCCAACUUUUGAAAGCUAUUAUUAUACCUUCUCUAAUAUCAUUUUGCCAGUGUUUUAAAAAAAAAAAAGUCUUAGUUUUCCUAUUUCUAUGAUUCUGUAUGUACAAAAGCCACAUUCUGUUGCCAUUGUUUUGAUUAGAAGUAUUGGAUGAUCACUUAGUUUUUGUUGGCAUACAAAGUCAACCAUGAAAGUCCUAAUCUUUGCAUGAAGUUCUUUUGUCAGUCUAGAUGUAGAAUUUGUGUACUCAAUGUGAUGCUAUUGUUUUUAUAUCCUGACUAUUUCAGCCUAGAUAGUUGAUGUUACUGAGUACAUUGACAGCCUUAAUGGCCGUGAUCACUUGUAUUUGUCUGAGUUUAUUUCACCAACAUUUUGUGUUGAGUUGCAGUCUAAAGAUGGGCAGCUGUCCUUCUUCUUGGAUGAACUGAAGUUCAACAUGCUGUUUCUUUUGUCUGGAGAUCAAAACUGACAAAAUUGUGUUGCUAGUCCACAGAAUGAUACAUUAAGUUGGUCUUCUGGGUUCAAUGUAGUUUUGACUAAGUGAAAACAAAAAAUCUAAUCAAAUAUUGAAGACAAAUUUAAAACUAAUCAAACAUUGAAAACAAAUCUAAGACUAAUCAAAUAGUGAUGACAAAUCUAAAAGUAAUUAAAUAGUGAAAACAAAUCUAAAACUAAUCAAAUAGUUCAGUUUUUGAGAAAAAUCUUUCUAAAAAAAUCUAUUGCGAUUUAUGGCUGUUUUCAAAAUAUCUUAAUAAUAAUAAAAAAAGAAUAAAAUCAAAUACCAUUUUUUUAAAAUUCUCUAGCUUUCAAUGAAGUCAGUCAUAUCUUAGUGAAAUGUUUGUUAGAUAUACUCCUUUGAGCAUGGUCUACUAUGCCAAAAGUAGGAUCUUUAAAUGCUUGAUUAAAAUCUACAGAGUAGUUCAUCCUCUAUAUACCUGAUAAUGAUCAGUUUGAAAUGAAGUCUUUUAUCAAAUAAUAUGAUGACUUUUUGUUUUCUUUCAAGCCAAUAAAUUGUCCAUCAAAACGAAGAGAUGAAUGUGUGAUGGUCAUUGAUUGUCUUGAGCUGAGGUAAAAUGGCCAUUUCAAGCAUUAUGUUGUGUGUUCCACUUCAAUGACUAACUUCAUGUUCAUGUCAAAGACCUACUCCCCUUUGCUCCACUCCUCUUUACAAAGGACUUAAACUACUGGUUUCCUUUAACAGUAAUUCAAUCUCAAGAAAGUUUCUAAUGCAAAAACUACUACGUUGGUUACCCAUUAGAAGCUUUCUGGCACUUUCUAUUUUAUUUUUUUCUUUAUUUAAUUUUUUUUUUUUUGUGUGUGACUAAAACUAAGUUCCCAUUGCUUAGUGCAAAUGUCAUAAUAAGUUAUUUCCACCACAUGAUGUAGACAGAAAAUAACAUCCAUGUAAGUCUUAGAAAAAAUCACAUAUCAAAAAUUCCUUUCUUACAUCACAUAAUAUAGUGGUUGUGGAAAUGUGUUUUUUUCUGGGUUUAUUAUAUAAGCUUAGAUCAUUUUUGCACCAUUCUGUGGGCUAGCAUCCCAACUAACUAGCUAGCAACUGAAGUAAAGCAGAUGAAAUGAUGUUAACUCUCAUAGGCUCACUUGUUCUUGUAUUACAACAUUUGGAUUGAAACUGAAAUCUUUAUUAUUGGUCUGUCACUAAUUAGUUUAAGACUAUUAUAGUGUGUGCCAUGAUGGAUACUUGGAAGUUGUGUUACUUUUGUUAAUUAAUCUCAUCAAAUGUUUCUAUAUUUCCUGUUAGAUUCUGAUAGACACACACACACAUCUAUCUAUAUAUCUAUGGAAAGUAUAUAUAUAUAUAUAUAUAUAUAUAUAUAUAUAUAUAUAUAUAUAUGGAUACAUAAAUAUUGUGUGAGCUAAUAAACUUUUGCAUUUUAUUAUUCCUUA